GAGACUAGGAGGGCGUGGCUUUCACUGCGCACAGACGUCACCAACUGUAUAAAGAUGGGGCAGCUCCUUUGCGCGUGACCGACGUUCCUUGUUUUGGAAUUGACGAAUUACCCGAGACAGAAAAUCUUUCAUUAGUGUCAUGGCACGUACUAAACAGACCGCUCGUAAGUCCACUGGUGGCAAAGCCCCCAGGAAGCAGCUGGCCACCAAGGCGGCCAGGAAGAGUGCGCCCUCCACAGGUGGAGUCAAGAAGCCCCACAGAUACCGCCCUGGUACUGUGGCUCUUCGUGAGAUCCGUCGGUACCAGAAGUCCACUGAGUUGCUGAUCCGCAAGCUUCCAUUCCAGCGUCUGGUUCGUGAGAUUGCUCAGGACUUCAAGACUGACCUGCGUUUCCAGAGCGCUGCAAUUGGAGCUUUGCAGGAGGCAAGUGAAGCAUACCUCGUGGGUUUGUUCGAGGACACCAACUUGUGCGCCAUCCACGCCAAACGUGUCACCAUCAUGCCCAAAGACAUCCAGCUGGCCCGUCGAAUCCGCGGAGAGCGUGCUUAAACUCUUUACUCAACUUUUUUGUGUGGAGGAUUAUAUGGGGGAGGGGUUUGUUGUGUGGGGUGGGUAGGGAGGGAGGGCCAUUGGGGGUUCUUACACUCUUGACUAUAAAUGCCUGUGUAGUUUAAGUUUAUUUUUUUGUAUUUUCUUUUUGGUAGUUGCGGUAGGGGAGGGGUAUCUUGUGGUUAAAGUUCACUAGUCGGUGGGGGGAGGGGGGGGCUUGGGUGCAGCGUCAGAACAUUCCGGGAGCUCCUCAGGGUUUUAAAGUUUGUAUUUUAGACUUUCAUAUACCUCUGCCUAGUCUGCAUGCUUCAUGAUGAAUUAGAACGUGUCCAUUUUUAUUUCUAUCGUUAUUAUAUUGGGUUUCUCUUCUAUUGUGGCCAUUUGGUUGUAAAUAAACUUUCCACUACCUCAA